CACGAAAGCAUCCUCUCCCGGAGCGCCCAGCAACGUCGGGACUACUUCCGUACCUUUUUUACAACCACCUGACCCGGUAUACUCGCAUCUGGGUGCAAUAAUAGAUAGGCAUCCUACGAUCUGCGGCCCGACAACACUCAUCGGGUUACUCUCACCGAAUAUCAACAAAGUACUAGAGGUAACCAUACUGUUGACGUUCCUCCCCCCGCGGUUUAUAUUUCCCCCCAGUCCACACACUCCGAUACGAAUCACAGGACGGCCCCUUCUCAGUAGUCACUCAUCAUGGCCGCUGUGAGACCGGGGCUGGAGGCCUUCUUCGACCAGAUUCGCCUCCGAGGGGGAACAGUCGUCGAAGAGACUCCCAAAUUCGAUCUGGAACUAUACAUCCAGAGCUAUACAGGUCGCACCCGGUUUGAACGUCUUCUGACUAUUGGACGUUGCUGCAUUCCGCUCUGUCUGGAAGCAUUGAAGGCAGCUGUGGCUGAAGCCAAGAGAGGCAAUGAUGUCGGCCGAUACAAAGAAGUGUACGAAUGUAUCAGAAUUGCUGCCCCGUCCUCCCCGGAGGGGCUCUUCGACCAAGCAUGGGUCGACAGGGUGACACGGGAAAACCGAGCUCAGACACACCGACUAGAAGUGCAACUUAAGGGAUACAAGAACAACCUCGUCAAAGAAAGCAUCCGGAUGGGUAACGAGGAUCUUGGACGUCACUUUGAGAGCAUUGGAGAACUCGCCAGCGCCAGCGAGGCCUACAGCCGCAUGCGCCCCGAUGUUAGCACGUCGAAGCAGAUUGAGGAUGUGGGCAAACAUCUUAUUGACGUCGCUCUUCAACAACGUGACUGGCCCAUGGUUCUCGGGAGCCUCGCUAAAAUCACCAGCAUCCCGAGUGAGGACCACAAGGCGCUUCAGCAGUACAGCAAAGUCGUCCAUGGCAUCGCAUUUAUGAGCUUGGAGCAGUAUCGCAACGCAGCCACCGCAUUUCUUCAAAUCAACGCGGGCAAGCAUUUUAAAGCGACCGCCGACUACAGUCACAUCGCGAGCCCCAACGACGUCGCCGUAUACGGCGGGCUGUUGGCCCUUGCCACUAUGGACCGUCAAGAGCUCCAGAUCCAUGUUCUUGACAACCAGAACUUUCGGCCAAUUCUGGAGCUGGAGUCCCACAUCCGCAAAGCUAUCUCCCACUUUGUCAACGGCCGUUAUUCGGCUUGUCUCGCAAUUCUCGAGUCCUACAAGCCGGACUACUUGCUCGACAUUUAUCUGCAAGAGCACCUUCCCAGGAUCUAUUCCACAAUUCGCAGAAAGUGCAUCGUUGAGUACUGCCGCCCCUUUUCUCGCAUCACUAUCGGCAGUCUGAGAGAAGCCUUCUGCCCCGCGGGCGAGCCGAUCAUACCGGAGCUCGUCAACAUGAUCCGUAGCGGCGUCCUAAAGGCUCGCAUCGAUAACAUCGAUGAGGUUCUGGUUGCUAUGAAUUCGAACCCGCGAAAGGCGAUGCAAGCAAUGACCCUCGAGAGGACCAGGCUCUACGAGAAGGAGGCCAUGGAGCGGAUACGCCGAAUGAGCCUCGUUGCGGCCAACAUGGAGGUGAAGAACGCGAAGAAGCUUACAGCAGCGCAACGUGCAGGUCAGGAGGAAGUAACUGAUACGUGGUUCGACAACAGUGGAGACCCAAUGGCCACGGUAGAGAGUCAGGCUUGACCUCGGUCUCCCAUUUACUCAGCAAGCGACUGGUGAUUGGGGAAUAUCAAUACUCAUGGCGAUGCACAGGGCCUUGUCACUUGAGUCACGGGUUUAUCUAUUAACUCAUCACACAAUUUCAUGCAUCCUUAUGGAGUAGUGAGAGCACCUCGGGCGAACAUGGGAAGAUGCGACUUGGUCAAGACUGUCAGCCUCAGUCUCCAGACUAGGUAAAGGAAAUACCCCUGACGGACCACUUCUCUGGGAUCGCAACGGCGGGCGCAUUUUGCACAUGCGGGCAUCCUAGCACGUACAUGUAGAGACGGUAGCUUCAAGAAUACGAAUGCACUCGGUGUGAAAUGACGAAGAGGCUUCAUCAACCUUUGCUGAGAAACGAUGAAUUUGUGGUUCCCAGGCCAAGUCGGGAUUGUCAAGACAAAUCAUGCGGAUUCGGGUCCGACACGGAUAAGACGAU